AUGAAAAGAGUUAUGAGCACAUUGAGCGAAGGUCCAGUGGCUCGCCUUCUCCGUGAGAAGCUGUCAGCUUCAUUUCAGCCAAAACAUCUCGAAGUCGAAUGUGAAAGCCACCUGCACAAUGUGCCAAAAGGAGCAGAAAUGCACUUUCGAGUGCAAGUUGUCAGUGAUGCCUUCGAAGGAAAACGUGUCAUAGAGCGACAUCGUUUGGUGAACACGUGUCUUGCGGAAGAGUUGGCCACUUCAGUGCAUGCUCUUCGAAUUGAUGCGAUUCCGACAAGCAAAUGGGAUGGACAGAAGCAAGAGGAAAGCCCGACGUGUCGUGGAGGAUUCGGAAAAUAA